AUGCCUAGGACGUGUAAAUACAAGAGCUUCAGGUGUUUGUGGUGGCUGUUUGCUUCUGUGCUGCCAACUCCAGUACAUGGAAACAACUUCAGUCAUCAUAACCAGGAGAGGCUGCCCUGCCAGCCAGGUUUCUACUGCCCAGUGGGCAGCUUCACUCCAGUCCCCUGUCCUAAGGGAACCUAUGGGCCGACUGCUGGUGCUGUGUCCAUAGACAGCUGUCUAAAGUGUCCUCCUCACCACUACUGUCCUAGACCAGGUUUGUCUGCCUCCUUGCCGUGCGGUCCCGUGGCUCAGCAGCCUCUCUCUGGCCAAGACAGCUGCAUCUGCCCAGGGGAGGGGCAGAGUUUUCAGACCAGUGACGGGCGCUGCCACUGUACCAUCGGAUACCUACCUGCCAACAAUGGAGAUGUGUGUAAACACAAACUGUACGAUGUCUGCAGAGAUGGAAAAACACGCACACAGUAUGGAGACUGUCUGGACAAACAGCAGUGGUCACUUCAUUGUAGGCAGCAGGUGUGUCUAUCUGCAGACGACUACCGGGGUUAUGAUGGAGAGCUGGGUCUGUGUGUUUGCAGAGAGGCUCCUGGAAGAGCUGCGUGUGGAGGCCUGUGCAGGGGCAGGCCAGCUGCUGAGCUGCACCUUCAGUGCCGCUCCAGUGGAGAUAUGGAACUGGUGUGGAGCUAUGACAGUAAGGUGAGCAAAGGCACCUGCAGAUUUACAGAAACAACAUAUUCUAGAGAAGACAGUGACAGGAAAGUAAACAUUCUAGUAUUUUAGAGUAAACAUAGUGAAUAGUCUGAGCGAUGCUACCAGACAUUGCAUAUAAUACCUUUACAUAAUGUUGCCUUUA